UUUAUUCUGGACGUUAAGGUGGCAAAAAUGAUGUUUUGCUCUGCGUACAAUAUGAGCUACAAGCUGUAUUGACCACAAGCUUUGUGUUUUCCUCUCGAUAACUCAGCAGUUUUUAAAGUGCUUUUUGUUAUAAUUAAUUGUGGCUUAGUUAAAUUAAUAAUAGCGCAGUUACUGGACAGUAAAGUAAGUGCGGAAGAUCGGGAAAAUAUUGCCUGGAAUUGCUGCUCAAGGAGGGCACCGCUAUGGGAAUGGGGCUAUUUACAUUGGAUCCUGGAAUCGCGACGGCACUUGGCAUGGAGAAGGCAAUUUGCAGCUUCCAAGCGGAACGAGGUACCAAGGAGGAUUUGAAGAUGGACUUUUCAACGGAUUGGGAGUUUUAACGUUUAGCGACGGCGCUAGAUAUGAAGGAGACUUUUCCCAAGGGUGGUUUCAUGGAUACGGAAUAUUUUGGAGGGCCGACGGCACCCGCCAUGAGGGGGAAUUCAGAGGAGGCAAAAUUUAUGGCUAUGGUCUAACAACGUUUAGUGACAAUACCCAUGGAUUUCCAAGGAAUGAAGGGUUUUUCCAGGAAUGCCAGUUGAAGAAGCGGAGAUCGUGCCCUGAUAUUGUACAAAAGGCGCAAAAAGUCGCCUUUGUUGCCAGAAAUACGUAUUUAGUUCCUAAAGCUUCCUAAAGUUUAUUAUAACUAUAGAGCCCGAAAAAACCUUAAAUUGUCA